ACAUAUGAUAGUCUGUUUACAAACUUCAAUUAUCUGGAAGAAGUUUCUUGUUAUUUCCCUCGCCAAAUUGACUGCUGUUUUGAAACAUCCAUAUAUAUAUAUAUAUGUUUUAAAAACAUUCCAUAUAUUUGUUUUUCUGCUCGCGCUGUCGUUAUGCGGAAAGAGUGCCGCUCUCGUUGCUAUGCGGCGCCGAGACUGUAGCACUGUUACCAGGGAGGGAGGCAGUAACAGGGGUGUAUUCAUUCGUCCAAUUGCGUUGAAAAACGGUUGGUUCCUCAAGUAAACGGUAACAACCCUAACGGAAGCAAACGUGGAGGGACCUACCUGGAAUUGUUGAAAUGUUAACUCUUGUUUUCGAAGCAAAACGUUUUGUAACAGAAUCCGACUAAUGAAUACACUCCUGGUCGCGUUGUAUGACGGGAGUGUGGCGCCUAGCAAAGGCUUCAUCGUGCGGCUAUGUCAACGAUUUGGUUUGUAAUCGAAAAUUAAGAUAUUACACGACUGGCUAUCCUAUUUCCUUUUUAUUGUGACAAUUGCGCAAUUGAUUGCACUUAGUUAUACAUCAAACCAAGUUGAAUAACGUGAUAUUGUUUUUACGUGGUAAGGUGAAGUCGGAGUGGGGGGACGGGGCAGAGUGGCCAGUCGGGGGCGGCGGAUGAGUUCGGAGCAUUGCCGGUCGUCGCCGCAGCAGAAGGAAAGGGUCAAGCCAGCACUGGACAAACGUGAACAAGGAGAGAACAUCGAAAACCGUGAAGGAUCAAGGCGACAUGGUCACCACAAAGGGAGCAGGGCUAAACCCCAAUGCCAAAGUCUGGCAGGAGAUCCCUGUGCCCCAGGGCCAAGUCCCAGAGGACGGCACGGAGGGCACCCACUGGCUGGAGACUACCCCGACAUCUGCUGAUGUCACUGAGGGCUAUUCAGAGGCUCCCCCAACUGAGGAUAAGGGAUAUGGCACGGAGUACUCAGACCCGUCGGACAGUAGUGCCCGUUUACCCACAGAGGGUGUACUGAACGGCAUGGAUCCCCCUGAGCUGGGGUACCCCCUCUAUGACUCUGUGACUGAGUCAGCAGUGGAGGAACAGCAGCCCCUCUCUGAAGAGAGCCUGAGAGAGUCUCUGAAGAAACAGCUGGAGUUUUGCUUUUCAAGAGAGAAUCUGUCCAAGGAUCUGUACCUGAUGUCCCAGAUGGAUAGUGAUCACUUUGUCCCCAUCUGGACCAUCGCCAGCAUUGAGGGCAUCAAGGUCCUCACUACCGACAUGGACCUCAUCCUGGAGGUACUACGAGCCUCGCCCAUGGUGCAAGUUGACGAGAUGGGGGAAAAGGUUCGGCCCAAUCACAAGCGCUGCAUCAUUAUUCUGAGGGAGGUGCCAGAGACCACACCUGUAGAGGAAGUGGAGGCCCUCUUUAAGAAUGAAAACUGUCCCAAGGUGAUGAGUGUUGAAUUUGCGGCCAACAACAACUGGUACAUCACAUUCCAGUCGGACACUGAUGCACAGCAGGCACACAUAUAUCUAAGGGAAGAUGUGAAAACGUUUCAGGGAAAACCCAUCAUGGCUCGUAUCAAGGCCAUCAACACAUUCUUUGCGAAGAAUGGCUACCGUAGUGUACCGAACUCCAGUGUGUACAGCCAGCAGGGCCAGUCCCAGUAUAACUCAACACACCUCUACAUGCAGCAGGUAUUCAGCCCCCAGCAGCAGUACCCACUCUACCCCCUGGUGCCACCCACCUGGAACCCAUCGCCUGCCCCUUACUUCCAGACCCCGCUGGCCCCGUUCCCCAACAGUGGCUUUGUGAAUGGCUUCAGCACCCCUGGGAACUACAAGACUGGCACCAGUCCCUUGGGCCUCGGACGACCGCCCUUCAACAGAAACCGUGUCCCCCUCUAUUCUAGAAAGAAUGUAAUCAAUGCCUUCAGGAACCACGCGAAGAGCCAGCCCCGGCCAUGUGACGAGACCCCUCCCUCUGUUACCCCCGUAUCCCCCCUGGUGGAUGGCCUGUCGGGCCCCUCCAGCGCUCUUCCUCCCCGGGCGGCAGGGGCUCCCCUGGGUAGCACCCCGGAGCCUGGCCCUGUGCCCCCCACCCUCAGGGACACCCUGCCACUGGCUGCAGAGGGGAUGCCCAAUGGAGACAUGGGCAUUGCUGGCAGGGGCAGGAGAGGCAGCUACAGAGGGAUGCGGAGGAAGAGAGAGGACGAGAGGAUCACGAGGCCCAUCCCUCUGAGCGAGAUAAAGGUUCCACAGCCCAAGUUUGACCUGGCGACCUCCAACUUCCCUCCAUUGCCUGGGUGUGUGGUCAGCACGCAGGGAGAGCCCGUGCUAGAGACUCGCAUGUCUGAUGUGGUUCGAGGCCUCAAGGUGACCAGCGACAAGCCUGAUGUGAAUAAGGAGUCUGUGGCCCCUCCUGCUAGUGCCCAAAAGGAGGCUGUGAGUGCGCCCAGUCAGGUCGUGCUGGCCCACAAACCCCCCACCCCUCUGGUUGUGGAGCCCCUUGUUCCAAGUGUUGCUCAUCCGGUGAAGAAAGUGGAGAAGCCUGAGCCUCAUGUCCAAAAAGAGAUGGCUCCACCCCCCACACCACCCUCUUCUCUGCCAACCCCCUCACAGCCCGCCGCUGCAACCAAACCUACGCCCACCCACAGUCAGUCCAUCUCCACGGCAACACCAUUUCCCGCCACUACCACACCUGCACCGGAGUCAAGGAAACUGAGCUAUGCUGAGAUGUGCAAGCGGCCAGCCACCCAGCCCCCAGCGCCAAGCACCUCCCCAAACCCUCCCACCUCCCCGGCCAUCCAACCCCUGCGUGAACUGCGGGUCAACAAGGCCGACGAGCCCGCCACCACCUCCAGCAGCGAUGGGGAUAGGCCUGAGAAACCCGAGCGGCCUGGAGAAGGCCAGCCCCACCUUGAUCCCCUUGGCUCAUACUGUGGGUUUAAUGGCCCUGCCCGAUCCGGAGGGAUGGGCCUAAAGUACCGAGAUCAGCAGAGAGGUGCGUCCAUGAGCCGCCGCAUCUCCCCCCAGGGCUGGGCUAGACGGAGCGGGAAGGAACAGAACAUUCCCCCCCGGUCACCAAAGUAGUUUAAACAACAAACAGACUAACAGAAAAACAAACACAAAUCUAUAUACGUGUGUGUAUAUAUAUAUGUAAAGAGAUAAAUAUAUAUAUAAAUAUGUUAUUGGAUGAAAGAACACGUUCGGGUUCUUCAUCUUAAAGACCCCCCUGAAGCUCGGUCGGACAUCCGCUGACCUUUGUUUAGGAAAGACUGCAAGCGGUAAUCAUUUUAAGAGGGGGCCGACACGAGUGUUACAAAUCAUAAACUGAAGUACUUGUUUGAAAGAAUAGCGAGAGAUGCUUACAUGCUGCCUCACCUUGGUUAGCUUGAAGGCUGGGCCCUCCACUGCUAAAUCUAUGUUCAUUUGAUUUCUGUCAGUGGGGGAUGGGGAACAAAUGUACAGUAAUGCCUUGUAUCACCAGAAUACUGGUAGUUGCAAAGGGGAAAAAAAGAAAAGAGCUGUUAGGAAAUCUAGUCAUUAUGUGACACAGCAAAAGAUGUGGACAUCCACCAAUAUGACAUCGUUAUGAGUUGAUACAUAUGAUGCAAUUUGUUGUUGGGGUUGGCAAGUGAUUAUUUUGGCGAAGGGCUAAGGAUAGCUCAUAAAAUGUGUUUUUAUGUAGGUUUGAAGCGAGAGGGCCACAUGGUUUUAGAGAAGUGCCUAUUUUGAACUGUUCUGAGAGAUGGAGUGAGUUGGGAAGCCUGUCAAGCUGCACUUUCUUUUAGGUGAAGAAACAGUCUUGGAUGCCUGUCAGCUAAGAGUCUGGAAUGAUUUUGUGUUCAGAAUCAAUGGGAAAAUAUGAAUUUAUUAGAAUCAAUGAUUUUAUUUUCACGGUUGAUGGAAACCUUUGGUAUACCCUUGCUUGAGUAGGACAUUAAAACCUUUAUGAUAAUGGUGAUUGGAUACCGUGCAAAUGUGGGAGAAAGUUUGGAUAGUCAGGCUGUCGGUCACUGAAUUGUUCUAUUUUCCACUCUCCAUUUCCUAUUACUUUGAAACAUAUGGUUAAAUGUUUGAGUUGUUGGUCCCAACUGUCUGCCAAUCCUGUUUAGUUAAAAUAUGCUUUGGUUGGUUAAUGAUGAUUGCGCCAACCAUUAGUGCAUAAUCUCUCCAUCCAGGAUCAAGUUCAGUAGUCCCAAGGUACUUGCAGAAGUUUUCCCAUACGAACUGCUUGCUUUCGUUUUUUUAAGUGGUUUAAGUUUAAAUAAAAUUUUUUAAAGUGGUUUGCUACAGUGUGUUAUGAACAUGACCCACCAAUCCAUUGGUUGGGAUUUGAGUGGAUCGGGAAGUGUUGUCAUGGGUAACAGCUCAUGAGAAAGGGAGGAGUCAUCCCUUAGUGAAGGUAUUUGGUAGUUGAGGCAGUCAGCACUCGCAUUGUAGACCCCUGACACGUUCAGUUAUCAUGUAUUUGGCCAUUUUAUACGUAGCCUUUUUAAAGGGGCAGUCUGCAGUUGCUACAUUCAUUAUUGGACCUAUUAUUAAUUUAUGUACCAAUUUCAUUCUUCAAGUAUUAAAGCUUUGUUCCACUGUCAUACCCCAUCAGCACCCAAAAUAUAAGCCUGUUUUACUCCAAUGUUUGUAAACAAAGUAAAUGCAGACUAAAUCUAUAUAGCCUCAAAACAUGGUUAAAGCUGUCAUUUUUAUGCAUCCAUAGCUCAGUCUAUGAAUUUGAGCUGUUACAUUUCUCCAACCCCAUCCCUCAGCUUUUUACUGUAACAGGGUAGGGAGAACACUGUUUCAACUGCUGAUUGUCCUUUUAAGAAGAGUAGUUUUAAUUAUUUGUCUUGCAUAAAAGUUUAACUUGUUGUAUUAAUAUGUACAAUUAAUUGUACCUAUGUGGUCAAAUGCAGGAUACCGACGUUAACAUAUAACUUCCUAUUUAUGUCUUGAUGGAACAGUUGGUCUUUAUCAUCAAAUAGAAACCUUUCCACCCCAGAUAUCUGGCCAUUUCAACAUGCCAUCAUAUCUGUGCAACAUGUUCCAGAGUAGUCUGCCAUGCAUUUUGGUAGCUCUUGUAUCAUGUAGAAUAGGUUAGAUGGUAUUUUAUAGAGUAGUAAUGGGAUCCCAAGCAUGAAACUAGUCUUUGGUACUAUGUAUUCGAGCUUGCUCAUUUUAAAAUGGCCUGAAGUCAAGUAAACGUUCUCAUUCUCUUAUUUGUUAGCAUCAGGAAUUAAUCUAUAAAGGAGUUUACUGGUUUAGAGCAGCGAUCACUGGAAUUUUACGUUUUUAAUGCAAAUAAACUUCUUUCUUUUUUUAAACUUAAAAAAAAGAAAAUUGUCAGUAAAGUUCUUCCCCAGCAAGAUUCCGGUUAGUGUUCUGACUUCUCAAUUUGAGUUGAUGACAUGCAGUACCGAACCUGUCACAGUAGGAGAUUAGGGGUGGCCAGUGGAGACUUCCAGGUGUGUUGAUAACAUGCAGUACCGAACCUGUCACAGUAGGAGAUUAGGGGUGGCCAGUGGAGACUUCCAGGUGUGUUGAUAACAUGCAGUACCGAACCUGUCCCAGUAGGAGAUUAGGGGUGGCCAGUGGAGACUUCCAGGUGUGUUGAUAACAUGCAGUACCGAACCUGUCCCAGUAGGAGAUUAGGGGUGGCCAGUGGAGACUUCCAGGUGUGUUGAUAACAUGCAGUACCGAACCUGUCCCAGUAGGAGAUUAGGGGUGGCCAGUGGAGACUUCCAGGUGUGUUGAUAACAUGCAGUACCUAACCUGUUCCAGUAGGAGAUUAGGGUUGGCCAGUGGAGACUUCCAGGUGUGUUGAUAACAUGCAGUACCUAACCUGUCCCAGUAGGAGAUUAGGGUUGGCCAGUGGAGACUUCCAGGUGUGUUGAUAACAUGCAGUACCUAACCUGUCCCAGUAGGAGAUUAGGGGUGGCCAGUGGAGACUUCCAGGUGUGUUGAUAACAUGCAGUACCGAACCUGUCCCAGUAGGAGAUUAGGGGUGGCCAGUGGAGACUUCCAGGUGUGUUGAUAACAUGCAGUACCGAACCUGUCCCAGUAGGAGAUUAGGGGUGGCCAGUGGAGACUUCCAGGUGUGGUGUUGGUAGGUGUUUAGUGCUUAUCGUGUACAGAGGGCUAUUUUCUUGUCCGUGAAAUGCUGUCGAACUCUGAUCGUGUCCAUUUUGGGGUUAUCCUUUUUCAAUGUUGCCGUUGAUUCAUUGAGCAGAGAUUCUGAAGGGUGAUAAUGAUGAGUCACGUUAUUUUGGGAUGGGAUUGAGGGCAGAGCGACUGUCAGAUAUUAGAGUUUUGGUGUCUGGCUAACUCAUAGGAUUAUGAUUUAGCUGCUUUUUUCCCCUUGUACAUUUCACUUUUGGAUUUUCUCUUUACUGUCUUCGUUUUCUUUUGUUUAAAGAUUUUAAUGCAUAUCUCACGAUAGUUUUAAAUUCCGUACACGUCCAUUGUUUGAAAAAUGGAAGUUUGCGUAAUAUUAGGAGAGUUGACUUGACAUGGGGGGCAUCAACCUUCAGAUCUGUUCCUUUUCUAUGCGCCUGCAAACUCAUAAUUCAGCCUUUGUGUAUUAAUGGAUUGAACACUAUCCAGACCAUAAAUGUAUAGAGAUCAUUAUGUGAAAAUAACUUUUUUUUGCAUGGACAUUGCCAUUUUAAAGUAGUCAACUGUGUGGGGAUUCCUAUGGAUUGGGAGCAAUCAACCAAUUAUCAGAGCAUUGACCGCCAACUAGCGGCCACAAGAAAUGAAUUUACUCAAGAUUUGUUUCUAGACUUCAACACUGUAGCUGGUGGUAAGUUGCCAAUUUUAGCUUUACACUUUUUUCCAAUAUCAAAAGAAAAUUGACUACUUUAAAUGGAGAUGGCCUCAUUGGCACAGAUACAACAUUGUGAUCUCUAUGAUCCAGACCAAAGUCAAGCAGGCAAAAAGACAACCUUGGGAACUUGCUCCAACACAACUGUUUCUGGGUGGGAUGUGGAGAACUCGUAACCCUCCUACUGUUGGAUGGAAAAGCUGUCAGUUAAUUGAUAAUGCUCCCUGUCUCUUGACUGGCCAGUUAAGCUUGAUUAAUGUAGUCCUAUUUGAGGGAAGGCCACUUGUGUAGGUGGUCUGAAUGUUCUUGUACAGAUUUUGCGCCUAGAAGGCUAAUCUUUGGUCAGGUUUUUUUCCCUCCCUCUAUUAGUAAGCACAUUUUAGAUUUGAGUAAAUCUUUUGAAAGAGUUCCUCAGUUUGACUUUAGUUUUUUAAUGUACUCUGAUGUACCCUUUAUUUCAAUGCAUUUAAUUUUUUUUGUGUUUUUCCCAAAAUAUGUGUGUGUGUAGUAUUUCCAAAACUGUUAUCUGAUUUGCUACUUGGGUAAAGUGAGAAUUCGGUGCACUGCCUGGGUGCUAUCAGUGCAGUAACAUGUUAUCUAUCUAACCACUGGGCCUAUGUUUUUUAUAUUUUUACAUCCAUUAAUGGCUAAGUUAAGAGCAGCUAGUGGUGUUGUGGAAUGAAAUGCACUAACUUUAGUUUGAAAAUAAUCUCUUAAUCCUGUAAAGUGUAAAAUCAUUUUAGAUGUCUACAUUGAAGAAAAGGUGUUUAGCAGGUUUGCUGAAAUUAUUACAGGAAUAGGGUUUUAUUUUUCUUUAACUGUUUUGAUUAGUUUUUGUAGCACUUCCCUGCUGGGACAAAGGCGCAUGGAGGGGGGGAACAAAGGCGUUGGAGGGGGUGCAGCUGGGACAUGGUAACGUACGAGGGUGGGAUGUGAGACACUGAAUUACUGAUUUAAUAGAUGUCUGAACAAAAACUUAAAAGAAUAAUAAAGUACAAAUAUUUCUUGUUUUUGGCUUAGAUGCUGAUUCUGGGUCCUGUGCUUGCAAUGAUUUUGCAGUCUGUAUAUUUCUAAAUGUUUUGUGUGCGGUGCUCUGUGGUCUUGUCCCUGACAUCUGUGUUAAAAGUGUGUGUGUGUGUGUCUCCACCAGUUAUACUUUAACAGUCUCCUUUCUUCAUGUCCAAAUAAACUUUUCAGGCCAAACCAAAAUUCUAGUGCCUUCUCAGUGUUGAGCUUUUCCUUCUCUGCAAAGUAAAAGUAACAAAUUCACUUUCAUUUUGAGCAGGGCAGGUUUAGUGGGAAGGCAGAAAUGCGUGGUGCUCGUUAUCCCAUUGAAUUUGUUGUUCACGUGAAAUACAGAAUUAUGUGCCGUGGUGGGGGUGUAAUAUUAGUCAUGAUUUUCCAAAAGCUUAUAACAACCAGAAGGCAUACAAGGUCCUCUAAGAAAUAAGUAUUCUUUGGUCAUAUGGAGGCUGUUUGUAGACCUUGUGUGUACGCAUGUUUUGAGUCUCAUGACAAUGCUGAUAAUUGAAUACGCUGCUCCAAUAACAUGACAGCUCCUAUAAAAAGGUAUGCAAGCCCAAUGGUGGUGGGAAGCAGGAACAUAUACACACUUGUUUGGUGAAUGUUGUAUCAUUUCAAGCGGGAACAUGUAUGCGAAUAGACACUUUGCAUUGUAUUUAUUGAGUCAAAGUCAUAGUGGGGCAAUAUUGUUUUGUCAUUGCAUGAAUGCAGUCCAUAAAUAUCGAUCUUGCUUGAUAUGCUUCCCAAAUUUCCAACUGUACACUGUGCCAUCAUGUUGCAGACUCAGGUCUUAACCUUUCAAAAUAAAGUGCCGCUAACAGUU